UUAGUCUACUUAGGCGAAAAACGUCAGCAUCAACAAAAACUUCGAAGAUAUCCUGUAAAUAGAAAUGAUAAAUACACCAAUAUGAGCUGGUGGGAUUCAAGCAGCUUGACAAACUUUGCUUCACAGGCUAGCCAGGCAUUGAAAAAUGCACAGAAAAAAAUUGAUAAAGUGUUGGAUAUUGACGAAGGAGAUGCAUCAGGUCAAUCAUCACAGCAGAGUAAACCAACAGAAGAAGCGUCAUCAGCAUGGUCUACUGAUUCCUGGAACUCCUGGUCUAUGUCCUGGGAUACAGUCCAAGACAAAUCAUCUACAGAAAAAACUUCAAAUGUAAAGCAAGAGAAAUUGAAAGGGGAAAGGUCUAAAACAUCAAGAUUAAAACAGGAUGAAGCAUCAAAGAAUGAAUCGUCUUUAAAAUCCAUUCAGUUAACAUCUUCAGAUUCUAAAAUAGUAAAGGGUUUGACUCACUCUGGAGAAACUCAAAGUCAAAUACUUGAAAAGCAAACUGAAAAUUUAUCUGUGAAAGAAAAAAUAACGAAGCCUAAAAGUAGUAGUGUUGAAAUAAGUGACAAUAAAAAACAAUCAAAAAUGGCAAUCCAUACCGAAAGUGAAACUGACCAAUCAGCAGACAGUUAUGUGGAAUCACAUGACACUUCUGCAGAUAUGAAGUCUAUAACGGACACUGAGUCAAGUUCUAGUGCUGAUAUAUUAACUGGUUCUGUAAAAGGUAGUGCUGAUAGGUUAUCUCCCUUGUCAGUAGGAUCAGGGGAGACAAUGUCUACUGAUUCUCAAAGUUACGAAAAAAUUCAAAACCCUGAAAAAUCUUUUGAGGAUGUCAUAUCAUUACAUUCCGCUAGUAGUAACAAUGAAAUCACUGACUCAUCUGUAAAUGUAGGUUCUAAAAUAUCAGAUCUAAUGACAAAGUCAGAUUCAUUGCCAUCAAAUGAAAAAUUAGACGAUUCAGAAGAGGUAAUUGAUAUGUUGUCAACAAGUAGUGUGGUAAUAGGAGAAGAUUCUUCAGUUCAAGAUAAAGCUGUCAAUUUUACAGAAAUGACUCCUAGUGAUUGUUCCAAAACUGAACAGUAUGAUUCUGUGUGUGAAUCUUCUAACUUUAUAGAAUCACAUUUCACUCAACCAGAUAUUGUUGAGUCUUCGGAAGUAAUAGUGUCAAAUACUGAACAAUCAGACUCUUUAGAUAUUAGUACAGCUAAUAACACGGACUCAAAAGAUAUCAAAUCAAAAGAUGAAGAUAUUGUAGACCAGACUUUAGGUACGUCAGAUAAUUCAGUAGAUCCUGGAGACAAUUUAUCAGUAGACAUUCCACAAUCGUCUGAAAAUUAUAUCAAUACUGAAGAUAGUGUUUUAGCAGAAACAGGAAAUGAAUUCCCUGACUGUGACAAUGUAACAACAGAAACAAUUGAAGACAUAACUGAGAAUACGUCUACUGCUGCUGCUCUUUCUUCUGUUGGACAUCACGUUAGGAAUAGUUCACUUGAGUCACAUGAUGACCAACCAUCAAGUCCAUUAGCGACAAGUUCUAGUGGAGAAGGUAGUAAGUUAGAUAGUAGUGUGGAUACAGACGAUACUGUUGUAGGUUAUAGUGCUAAAGCAGACAAUGACAGCAUCGGCAGUGUUUCUCCGAGCUCCUCGUACGUAAAAUGUAUGAUAGAGGAGGCUAUGGACGAUAACAUGAAAAUAGAGGACAAUUCUAGUGAUGGUCAUUCAGUUGGUAAAUCUGAAUGCUCACGUAGUACUGGAGGCCAUGAAUCAGGUGACGAAGUAGAUACUACUACUUCUUCUGAUAUAGAAAUCAUCUCUACACCAACCUCAUAUGGUGAAAAUAACAAAUUCAUUGAUUUGUCUCCCUUGAAAAUAGCUCUUCAAAAAACAGCUAGAAGGAAUGAUGGUUCUCAUAGAAGGAAUGACAGUCAUGAUAGUCAAUCUAGCAGUAGUUCACACAGUAGAGGAGACCAGAUGAGUCCUGGCAGGGAUACAGACUCCAGUGAAGAUGGUGUAGAAAUGAAAAUAACAAGUGAAGAAGCUAAAGCUCCUUUGUGCAGAGAUUUACCUCCCCUUGAUGAAGAAGUAGCAGAUCCCUACAAUACACAAAAGUUAUUGAAGUUAACUAGUAUACCCGAACUGGAUACCGCCACUCACGACAACGUUAACCAGAAACUAGCAGAGAUGGCUGAAGUGUUGCAGGCUAGAGAAGACAAACUGAUUGUCCUCAGUAAAGAAAAUAUGGACUUGGUGGAAACAAAUAAUAUAAUACGCAAUCAAUUACAUCAAGUUGAAGAAACACAAACAGUUGAGAGGGAGGAUGUGGAACAAGUAACAAACGAGUUCACUAAAAGGUUGUCUGAAUCAGAGAGACUUUGUCAACAGGCCAUUAGGGAAAAAGAAGCAAUAAAGAAGCAGUUUGAAGAGAUGUCAGCAGAUUUUCAGAAAAAAUUGAUUAAACAAGAGAACUUUUUCAAGGAGAAAGAUCAAGUAGUGACAGAAUUAAUGCAAGAAGGGGAGAAAUUGUCUAAACAACAAUUACAGGGUAAUACAAUCAUAAAGAAACUGAGAGCCAAGGAAAAAGAAACAGAUUCUCUGGUUACUGGAUACAGAAAGAAGAUAGAUGACCAGACAACAGAAAUUGAUCAUUUAAAAACAUGUCUGGAUAGUAAAGAAGAAAUGGAAAAGAAACAAACAGAGGCUAUUAACCAACUGAAUACUGCUGUACAGAAACAAGAAAGAGAACUCACUAAGUUAAGGAGUAUAGAGUCAGAUGCAGGAGAGAGGGUCAGGGGAUUACAAGCAGCUUUAGAUAACUCAUACAAAGAGAUAGCAGAGUUGAAUAAAUCUAAAGCAGCCUUAGAUAACCAGGCCCAAGCUGCUGCCCUAAGUCAGGGAAUGCAGAUACGUGAAGAACUCAAGGCUCAAUUAGAAAGAGAACAAGUCAGCUUUAAACAAGAAAGAGAAACAUUAAUCAUACAGAUAGAAGACUUACGACUGAGUAUGCAGCGUAUGGAGAAGGAACAUAAUCGUAGAGAAGACAUGCUCAGACAAGAAAUAUCUGAUUUACAAGUGCAACUACAAGAGGAUGAAGCUAGGAAUCAAGAUUUAAGUCAAAAUGUUACUUCAGCUACUCGACCAUUGUUAAGGCAGAUAGAAAACCUACAGUCAACAUUUGCACAACAAUCAGCAUCCUGGGAAAAAGUGGAGAAAAAUCUCUCUGAUAGAUUAUAUGAAGCACAAACACAAUUAGCCAUGGUGACAGAGCGAGAGAGGUCUGCUAGUGAGAAACUUAUGGAUAUAAAUACACAGGUUGCUACCCUGGAAUCUCAGAACAGUCAUUUGAGACAAGAUAAAUCUCAAUUGAAUGCUCAGCAAGAAAUUCUGAAAUCUAAAGUACAAGUCCUUGAAGAUGCCAAGAAUAGUGAAGCUGCACAGCUAGAGGCUUUCAGACAACAAGCAUCUCGUGACAUGGCUGAAAUCAGAAAGGAGAAGGUAUUUUUAGAAACACAGCUUGACAUGGAGAAAACCAAGUGUGAACAGGAGAAGAAAAAGUUCUAUUUAGCCCAAGAGCAGAUAACUCAAUUGGAAAGAGAUCUACAGAGACCCCAGUCUAGGUCUUCUACACAUUCCCCUGUUUCUAUAUCAAGAGCAGAAAGUGUCAGUAGUAUGUCAGAGCCACCCAAUGUUAUGUUGGCCUCCUUCACAGAGGAUGAUAUAGAUAAACACUUCAUGUUAGGCGCACCAAAAACCAGUUUGUAUGACAGCCUAAGACAAAGUGGUGCUGCUAAUUUACUUGAAAAUCUACAGUCUCAACUAAAACUCAGAGAGGGAGAAAUAGCUCAGUUACAAAGUGAUAUUCAACAACUAGAAAGAACGAGAGAGUCCAUGGCAAGAGAACUUGUUAAUUUAACCAAUCAAAAUGAAGCACUAGAAGAAAAAGUCCAAGAGUUACCACAAUUACAGAAUCAAUUCAAGGAAGUGAACCAGAGGUACAAUGCCAUAUUACAGAUGUACGGAGAGAAGGUAGAGGAGGCUGAUGAAUUAAGAUUAGACUUAAAUGAUGUUAAAGAAAUGUAUAAGAUGCAGAUUGAUCAUCUGUUGGCCAAAUGAAUUCCAGGCAAAGUGCAAUAACAUGGGCACGUUUUGCAAUAAUGUUGGCAUGUUUAUCAUUUCAUAAAUGGUGGACCAAUAAUUCCAUUCAGUACCUAGCCAGUGAAACAGUAGUCUUUAACUGUUUUCAUCAGAGGAAGUAUAUAUAAAUUGGGAGAAAACAAAUUCCGUUGGUAUCCAUUAACCUAAAUGAGGGAUUGCUUAUUUCAUUCGAAAUUAUAAUCUGAUCCAUAAAUAGACACAUUCUACUUUUAGUCGUACAGUUGGCUUUAUAGUACAGCCUUUUGGAAAGGAAAUUCAUCAAUAAAAACACUCCAUUGUGUGGUAAAAGACUUGAAUAUUUCAAGCAAAAUAUACUGUGAUAUCUGUGAAGUCUAACUUCAAAAAUGUAUUUGUUGUUUGUGUUACAUAUAAUAUAGUGAACCUUUUAUUCCUAGACUUAUAAUUGUUUGAUUGGUACCUAUUACGUACCAGACUAUAUGUACUAUUGAACAUAAAAUGAAAUAUCUGUAUCUCUAACUAUGAAAUGAAUACUAAGAGAGAAUCAAGAACUUUAUCUGAAAUACAAGCUUGUAGCCUAAAGAGUGCAUUAGAUAAAGAAUUGUUUAUUCAGCAGGAAAUCAAAUGUUAUAUCAUUGUGGUUUAUAAGCAUGUAACUCAUAGUACAGUUCAGCUGUUACAGUUAUAUUAAGGAAGUCCCGUUCAAGUGAUAUAUAUAAUUUCUAAGAAAGGUUAUUAAUUUUAGAAAUAUUAAUAUAUGUUUAUAAUGGUUUUUUGUUUUGCUUUUAAGGAUGUUCGCUGCUCAGUUUCAUAAUAAAUAACUUUUCAUAAAACUUGUAUGUAUUGGUAGGGAAUAAAUUGAGGGAUCAAAAUAGCAAAAAAAUUAUAGGGGUCCAUGUGCUUGUUUUCGAGAUAUUAGCCAUUGGAUUUUUGGCGGGAAAAUGUUCUCUCUUGAUUUUUCAUAGCUUUAUAAUUGACCAGUUAAAGUUCUCAAAUACUAUUAUAAAAUAAAUAAAAUUUUAUAAGACUUUAACAAAUGACUUAUAAUUAUACAUGUAAAAGAUUUAUAAAAAGAAAAAUGGGGGUUCAUGGGGAUUUUUUUUUAGGCAUUCAAAUGGAUUAAACCAGAGGAUUCCAAAAAUCUGACAAAAAUUCCGAAACAUGACAAGCAGACAUCCUUUUACUUAAAUAUAUUUUCUUUUGUUCACUGCUUACAGUAGUAUUUAAAGAAACUGUCUCUGAAAAUAUUGAUUAUCACAUAUCUCUUGUUUAUUUACCUAUUACUUAUAUAAUUGUGUUCUAAAGAAACACAGUAUCCAUGUUUGGCUGAUUGUCAUUUGGUCAAGUUAUGGAAAGAAAAGGCACCUCUACAAGUUAUAUAACCAGGUUGAAUUUGAAUUAAAUGUAAAUAUUAUGGAAUUGUUAUUCAAAUAACAAAUAAGUGAACUUUCAUUCUUUAUAUUUACUACACACAUUAGUGCUUUUGCUGUAAACACAAAUUUAUAGGUAUUCAAUGAGAAUUUAAUUUUCUGCCUAAACCAUAUUCUAAAUUUUGUGUCCCUUAUUUGGAUUUACCUACAUAAUGAUAUAGGAAUAUUUAUUUAUUAUGCAAAAGUUGUAUGUUUAGUCUUAUUUUUUGUUGGGUUCCAUGGAAAUCUAAAUGUUAUAUUAUGAGGUUAUAAGUGUAUAAACCCAUUUCACAAUGUCAAAAGUAUGAAUUCCUUUGUGUGUAAUAGUUCUGCAAGUGUUGAUGACCAUCUGUACGAGAUCCUCAUUGGUAGUCAGUAUUGUUAUUAACCCUGUAAUAGUAGAAGUGUUGAUAAAAAAUUAUAAGUGUGAAAGGAUUUUUCUUAACAUAGCCUUUCAAUCACAAAGUAUUGACUUUAUAUUGAGUUUGUUAGUGAAUGGCAGAGUUGACACAUCAACUAAUUUCUUCAAAAUAUUCCUAACUGCUGUAGUAAGAUGUUUGAAAAUUAGGAGGAGUUUGUACCAUAUGCAUGAAUUGCUAUAAAAUAUCAAUAAUAAUGCAUUCAGUAUACUUCAAACAAAUAAUCCUGUAAACAAUUUUUAUUGCCAGGGAAUUAUUUUUCUGUUGGUAUAUAUAAUUAUUUGAAAUAAAUUUCAACUUUAUUUCAAUAAUGUGGUUUAUUUGUGAGGGAUUUAUUUUAUAUGGAAAACUUAUAUUGUUAUAUAAAUGUGCUUACUUGUGAUAAUUUAUUUUUAAUGAUUAUUGAAUUAAAAUUAUGAAAUUGAA